AUGCAUAAACGGCAGGAGACCGGCCUUGGCCUCGCCCGCAGAGCGGAAGAUGAGGCGGAAUCCGAUCAAUCAGAAGACUCCGGUGACGGUGCCAACGGUACCACCAGAGGAUUCUUCCUGGCAGACGGAACGCCAAACAUUCGCCUCCGCAGGACUAUAGCCAAGGCUCUGCGAGUGACCAAGUUCGACUCUGUGUCCACCCUUCUCGCCGACUACACCGGCCGGAAAAUCGCCACCGCUUUCACCAACGGAGAGGCAGCAACCGCCACCGCCUCGUCUCCAUCGAAAGCCAGGAGACGAGCGGCUACCGCCGCCCCCGCCAGUGGCAGUACCAGCUCCCGAACAAGCCAAAAACGCCGUCGUAACAACAACAACAACAACAACAACAACAACAACACUCCGGGUGAGAUGGCAGAGAACCCGGAGGAGGCCAAUGGCGGCCCCGAGGCAACAGCAAAGGGUCUACAACUAGAUCGGAACGCACCCUAUCCGUCGGGAAAACUGGAGGAGGACAGGAACCCUCCCCUCUUCUCCGCUGACGGCGGCGGCCGCAAGAUGGUGUCCCUAAUGACCGCUGCGCUUGGCCGCAGAAAAGGCGGGGGUGGCAGCAGGAGACGAGCCAAGACAGCGGGGGUGGCGGCGGCGAGGGCUAAGCAGGAAGGGACCAGAGGGAGCGCGCUAGGAGGGCUCGCGAUUAGGGAUCUCACGCCGCCGGGGUUCCUGCCAUCUGCCGAAGCAGCUGGUGAUGGCGCACGGCCCGCGACGAGCGGGGGCGAUGCAACCGCUAGCGCUAGCACCAACCAGAACGCCGGGACUUUUGGGAAUACGGUAACAGGGUCACAGACGAAGCCGCAGGCGGCGGCGGGAGAGGGGAAGGCUGCUGGGACAGGAGUGGCUACGAGCGAGGACCAGGAGGGCAAGGGCGAGGAUGCUCAGCGGGUGAAAGAGAUUUGCUUCAACUGCUGGAGCAAGGGGAGCGGCAAGACUUGCACCCUGCAUUCGGGGGGGGCGACAGGUGGGCAGGGGGGAACGGCCGCCGGGGGGAGGGCAGGGAAGGCUGCUGGGGAGGUACGGGUGGCGGAGAGCGUGCUCAUGUGCAAGAACUGGGAUGUUGGUGUCAUGAGAAGACGAUAUCGCGCGGAGGAAAUACAGGAGGUUUUCGCAAAAGAGGCGUCGUCAUUGAGGUACGACAAGGAGCGCAAGAAGUUCAUCGCCACUGUAGAGCAGAGGCACCCCAUCUACCGCCUCCUGGCGAAAAUCAUCGCCAGGUACAACUUCACCGUUCGGAGAAAGUUGCACCAGAGGAAUUGGCUGAGAGGCUUCGUCGAGCAGGUUAAGUCCUACACGGGCAACGCGAAGGUGAGGGCCGUCCAGCCGCAGCCUCCGAUCACGGGGACUACGCUAGCAGAGAAGCGGGGUCUCGUGAAGGUUCUCGUGGACAGGCCUUCCAAGGUGAUGGGGCGCGUCACGAGGGUCGUGCUUGAUGGUCCGACGCCAGUGCCACAAGUUUUGUACGAGGCCAGAAGGUACUCCCUACCGGCUGCAAAAACGAUGCCUAUGCCGGAACCAAAGUACCUCGAUGAAGAGGCAGCGGAUGAUGCGACGGUCCCUGGGGAGAGGGGGCGGGGAGGAGGGGACGCUGGGUUGGCCGCAACCAAUGUCCGCGCGGCGUGGAUGGUGCUGUUGUGCGAGGCCACCGUCGAAGGUGUCGUCCGAUCCGCGAUUACAAACGUGGAAGUGAUGUCACCGGUGCCUGGGUCGGACGAGGUGGCCCGGACUAAAUACCCUCCGGCGUCGACAAUCAAGUUCGCAACCUUCUCCAGAAAACCAACCCCGGCAAUGAUGGCCGUCGGGGGGCUCCCCGCAGAGAUGGUGGUGCACAUGCUGGUUAGCACGAGGAUGGCCCCGCAAUACGGAAACUUCACAGUGAUGCAGAAAUCAUCUGUGGCUCCGACUGUUAGCGAGGAACGAACGGCGGAAUAUGAGUCCCUGGAGUUACUGGUUGAGAAUCAAGCAUAUUUGCCACGGGCUCUACAGCACCCUCUCAACAGCCGCAGGGCUCCUGCGGCGAAUUCACAUGGCUUCCGCACCUCUGCACACGCCGACGCCGCUCCUGCGCUGCCAACACUCGAUCCCACAGGGAUGCGAAGUCGCUGGGCUGACAACUACGGCAUGCACGGCUAUGAGUACACCCCCCCCUCUCCUCCCCAUAUGUUGUGUCCAGCGUUCACGCCAUCCGAGGAGGUAGUAACGCCAAACCUCUGCAGCGCCAACCGCACGGUCACCACGCACGCCGAUCGGUCGUACCCCUUCUGCGAGCCAAGCAACCGCAGCAACACCACCCUCGACUUCUACCACCUGCUUCUCACGGCCACCUGCAGCCCCAACAAGGAACAGGCGAGUGCUGUUGUGCUUGAUGCAAGAACUUGA